CUGCAGUCGUCACGUAAACCUGUUCCGUCUCGUUUUCUAGCCGAGCCAGUGUCCACUCGAUGUGACCUCCUAGACUAAACUCACGACCUCCUUAUCAGCUGAUUUCAAGAUCUCUUAUCAGUUAACUUCUUUCAGCUUUUUUCCCCGUGCUGAUAAGGCUCCCUCUGUCAGUGAGGCUAAACCGUGGGUGUUUCGAAAUUUGAGUGCUCACAACGGUCUCGCCUAUGCAAUUCGCUGUUAUCAAACUGAUUUUUUAAUCGUCGUUAUAAAGUGCAAAUAGCCUGCUUGCUACGACCUUUGCGAUUUGGCACGGAUUCAUCUUUCUCGGGUGGCAUUGUGUGGUCAUUUCGCGUCGAGCCACCGCAGUUCGCGCUCGGAACAUCAUCUCGGUACUCGUCCCUUCGAAUCCUCUCCGAAAAUCUCCUUCCCGAAGCUGCAAAUCGCGGGUACCACUUCAAGCGAGUGUUUGUUUACUUUCUGUGUGAUAAGGGCGCGUUGUCAAGUGUAAAUUUUGAUAGUUGAGUGAUAGCGCACAUAGGCAAAAUGACGACCGUCCAGCUAAUACGAGGAUCUCUCAAGGAUACGCGCCAGCUCCUCAAACGAUGUGGGAGCGCCCCGCAUUUCUGUGGAGUUGUUGACGUGAGCGUGACAUCGCCGAAAAUGUCGGUGAAAAGUGAAGUGAACGGGAAAAGUUAUUCCACUUGUCCAAAAUGUGUGACUCUGGAUACGAUGAAUCCUGCUGUCAAAGUGAUGGAAUACGCUGUCCGAGGUCCUCUCGUCAUCAGAGCCUCGGAAAUCGAAAAGGAAUUGGAACAGGGUGUCAAAAAACCAUUCAAAGAAGUAUUAAAAGCAAAUAUUGGUGAUUGCCAUGCAAUGGGUCAAGUUCCUAUCACAUUUAUUAGACAAGUCCUAGCAUUGGUAACUCUCCCAGAGUUAUUGGAUGAUCCUAAAUACCCUGAGGAUGUAAAAUCUAGAGCUCGAGCUAUCUUGGCCGGCUGUCGAGGUGGAAGUGUCGGUUCUUAUACAGAUUCCCCUGGGAUUGAAGUUAUUCGUAGACAUGUUGCAGAAUACAUUGAAAGACGAGAUGGUGUACCUGCUGAUUGGCAAAAUGUCAUUCUUUGUGCUGGUGCCUCUGAUGGCAUUAAGGCUGUGCUUAAACUCCUCAUCGCUAGCAUCAACAACAAACCUCCUGGAGUUUUGAUUCCCAUUCCGCAGUACCCUCUCUACACAGCCUCAUUGGCUGAAUUCAGUAUGACUCCAAUUGGUUACUUUUUGAAUGAGGAGAAAAACUGGGGCUUGGAUAUUCCUGAGCUAGAGAGAUCAAUUUCAGAAGCAAGGAAAUACUGCUUCCCAAGAGCUAUUGUGAUCAUCAACCCUGGAAACCCUACAGGGCAAGUAUUAAAGCGAGAAAACAUAGAAGCAAUCAUCAAGUUUGCCCACAAAGAAAAAUUGUUUAUCUUUGCUGAUGAAGUUUAUCAAGACAAUGUCUAUGCAGAUGGAAGCAAAUUCUUCUCAUUCAAGAAGGUGCUAACUGAAAUGGGUGAGCCUUACAGCAAAAUGGAGUUAGCUUCCUUUUUGUCCGUGUCUAAAGGUUACAUGGGUGAGUGUGGUAUACGAGGUGGAUACACAGAAGUUAUCAAUCUUGAUCCUGAUGUCAAAGCUAUGCUUCUGAAGUCAAUCUCCGCUAUGCUAUGUCCAACGACUCUUGGCCAAACAACAAUGGAUUGCGUUGUGAACCCACCAAGGGAAGGUGAACCAUCCUACCAACAGUACAAGCAAGAAAAAGAUCAGAUCCUGAAUUCUCUGAAGGAAAGAGCAAAAUUAGUAGCAGACACUUUCAACAGUAUUGAAGGCAUGUCAUGUCAGCCAGUCCAAGGUGCUAUGUAUGCUUUUCCAAAGAUGGAGCUGCCCCCUAAAGCAAUAGCAAAGGCUGCCUCUCUUGGCCAGUGCCCAUCUGUCUUUUAUGCUUUUCAACUGUUAGAAAAUACAGGCAUUUGUAUCGUACCUGGUGCCGGAUUCGGCCAAAAACCUGGAACCUAUCAUUUUAGGACCACCAUCCUUCCGCAAACAGAAAAACUGAAGAAUAUGUUGAACCAGUUCAAAGAAUUCCACAUGAAAUUCCUUGCUGAGUACAAGUAAGCUGUAGGAUCGAAUAUAAUAAUUCAGCUCUCGGCUAGAGAUUCAGUCCACGCACUCCAAGUAUUUUGAGAACUGUUUCAGUGGAAACAUAUUUGGCAGAGAUUUUAUAAUUUUCUCGUGCUUCUUCUUUAAAAAAAAUUGUUAUUUAUGCUUUAAGUUGAAUAUUUCUGUAUUUAUUAAUUUUUUUUCUCGAUGUAAAAUCUCAUUUCCUAGCUACUCAUUUAUUUUCAAAUGAGAACCCUCUGAAUGAAAUCUUGGUUUAUUUUAAUAAACUGUUCAUUUUCAAAUUUAUAUGACCUCUGAAACCUUAUUAGGGACCAGAGUCCCACUGCACUUGGAUUUUGCAGCUUUUAAGGUUUCAGUGCUCACAAAAAAUGGAUUUUAAACAGUUCAGUCUCCAAAUUAAAUUAAUGUAAUUUUAUCUAAGAGCCUGAACCAUUCUCGUAUGAAACCAUUGAGGUUCAAUACCUGUCUCAGGGUGAUUCAAGGGAUUUUGAGAAAUUUAAUCAUUGUAAUGAGUGUUUGUGCUGUGUUAUGGAAGGAUUUUUCGAACAACUGUGAUUUAAUCUGAGAUAGCCUGGAUAAUUUUUUUUUUUUUUUUCCCCGAAGAUUACUGUUUUCAAGGGAUGUCUUUCAGAUUAUUUGUACAAGUUUUUUUUUAAAAAAAAAUCUUCCCUUGUCACGCGGAUGCCUUGUAUUAUCCAGAUUUUUUAAUUCAAAGCAAAUGUCCGAUCUGUCAACUAGACAUCAUAAAUUUUCAGAUUGUUUCAGAAAAUUUAUCUUAGAGCUAAGACUUGAUUUUCAUGAGCAGACUGGCUAUAUCAUAUACGUCUGUCUUUUUCAGUUAUUUUCAGUCAAUUUGUCUUGUUAAAACAUCCACCAUUGAUUUUAAUAUUGAUGCUCUCCGAUAGAAGAAUUAUUUCUUUGCAGAAAAAAAUGUUGAUUAUUUUAACUAUAUUCUUGGCUGAAUUUGGCACCAGCCAGAAUUGUGAUCAGUCAGAGGUAUGGUUGAUUCGACCAAAUUUCUGGCAGACUCAAUCAUACCUGUAGCUGUUACAGCUGAAUCUCAGGUUAGUGCCAAGAUCAGCUAGGAAUAUAGUUGAAAUCAUCAUAUUUUUUCUCCUGUAUUCUUCUUAAAAUUAACCCAAAUGUUUCAUACAGUUACUAUUUUGAAUAAGAUUAAUAUAGAAUGCCAGAACUGAGACAAUGAUGAGCUCUAAAUGUCGAGUAUUUGACCACUCACAUCAGUCAGUGCGUAAUUUUUUUCUGAUCUGAAAGUCUCCUUUCAAGAAAAAGAAUUUCCAGCUCUCUCUCUGGCCUUAUUUACUUACACUAUUCAUCAACUUACUUUGAUCGACUCAGUCAUUAGAAUGUUCGAUUUUUUAAAAUUGCUGAUUUUGAAUUGAUCGAAACUGAUGUAAUUUUUUUCUCAUGCAUCAAUAGAGACUAAAAUUGUACUUUCAAAACUUGAUUUAUAGUAUCUUCCUUUUAAUUAAUUAUUUUACUGAUUUUUAAAAAUCAUUUCAUAUAACGCUUCUCUCCUCAUGAUUUAAGCUUUUUAAUCAACAGCUUCUCUUUUAAUAGCCUAGUAAAAUCCCAAAUAAGAAAACAAAACACAAAUAUACCGCCUGCUUUCCAUUUCAUUUAGCUAAUAUUUUGCCGAGAGACUCAGAAAAGCCUCUCAGAGAAGUGCUCAUUCAAACUACUAAACUGUGAAAGACUUGUGAUAUUUAAGGAUUCACUAUUAUGUAAUAACAGAAUUUGAUGGCAUAUUUAUAUAGUGAAAGCACUAAGAUAAUAAGUCCACCUGAUUGUAGAAGUGCAAAAAAAUACAUUUAAAAAGGGUCACCAAAUAUCAAAAGUUACACACUGAUGCGUUUCAAAAUGUAAAGCAUCAUUUACUUCUCUAAGAAGUUGCUAAGUAUAGAAUUAAGUUGAUUCCAUACAAAUUGUUCCUCUUUAAAGUUUUCAUAAAGAUAGGAAGGCAAUCCAAGUGCGAAGCUCCAAAUCCUUUAUUUUUGAGUUUAUAUAUAGUAAAAUCCAAGCAGAUCAGUUUUCUUAGGGUUUGAUUAAUUUAUUUUCAGUGAUGAAAAUUGCAUUUAAAUGAAAAAAAUGUAAUGAUGAAGCUUUUGAACUUUUACUAAUCUUAUUAAAUGAGUUAAACAAAGUUAAUCCUUUUAUGUUUUCUUAAUGUUCAGAUUUUUGAGUAUCAAACUUUUCUCCUUUAAAAUUGACCAAAUAUUGUUACCAAAAUUAGUUAAAUUAAAUGAGUGUAGAUAAAUUUUAGGAAUGUAACCUCUUGUUUCAUUUCUGCAUCAUGAGCUAUCUCUAUGAAUUACACCGAGUCUGCUGUAAUUGAUUUGUUUUUCAAGUAUACAAUUUCGAUUUUACUUUCUUUAUUUUCUUAGAAAUCUUAUUAUUUUUUUAAGUAUUUAUUUUUUUAGUUAUCUGUAGGCCACUUAUUUUAUUUUAUUUUUUAUUUUUUCUCAUCGAAGUUGGAAGUUUUUUCAAGCUCUCUUUGAAAAACAUUCAGUUUGUGAUUGCAGAUUUUCCCCCUAGUUCCUAUAUUGUUCCUGUGCACUCUAUGUAAUGAAGUUUCCUGAAUUUAUCUUCUAGCUGUGGGUUUUAAAAUGUGGGCCUGAUAUCAUUUAAUAUCUUGCCAAAAAAGUCAACCUUGCAUGCUUGAUGUUUAGUUCUAUCUUAUUUCGAUAAAAUGGUGAUAAGCGCGUAAGCACAGCUUCAAGGGCAUUAUGAUUCCUGUUUUUUCUUUUAUUUCAAUUAACCCUGAGUGUACAGUAAACCCUAAAUUUUUGCUAAACGGACCCUAAUCUACCGUCUUAUUUCCUUUUUUUGGUAACCAUGAAUAGGCUGUAUUAAAAGUUCUCAAAUAUAUUCACAAUUUCCAGAAGUUGCAAGAGAAUAUGAACUUCAAGAGAAAAAUGUCAUUCUGAGUUCAAAGACCUAGUAUUAUAAAAACUCUGUUAAAAAAAAAAAAAAAAAUUUGAAAUGUUGUACAGAUAUUUUCUGUCUUUCUUUUUUUAAAUUUUGUCAUCCUGGAUGAUUUUCUGUAACAUUUUCUGAACAUUUUGCAUUCUUACACUUAUUAAAGAAAAGCACCUUAAAA